AUGGAUGAAAACAGUGUUACUUUCUUAAACAAUCUUGAUUGGAGGUCCAAGCUGUUUACCAUCAAGGUCAAUGUGUUAAGACUUUGGAUUCGUGUGAAUCCAAAGAGAGAAGGAGAAACCCUUGGUAUUGAGAUGGUGGUCAUGGAUGAGCAGGGGACCCGGAUGCAUGCUACUGUUUGGAGCAAGUUUAUGAAAAAACAUGAAAUUUUGCUUAAUGAACAUGAGUGUUAUUACAUAUAUAAAUCUCAACUUUCUGUCAUUAAGUCAAAUUUGAAACACUUUGAGAAGGAACAUGCUAUUAGCUUAAACUUCGAUACAUCGGUUAAAAAGUGUGAGAAUUUUUAUGGAAGUGUAUAUGGUAUUCGGUUAGCAUCGUUUGAGUCCAUAAAAGCUGGUGAAGUCGAUGUCAAGUAUCGACUUGAUUUUAUUGGGUAUGUAGAUGAGUGGUCUGAACCAGAAGUGACCAAAAUGAAGAUGGGAAAAGAUAGCAAAUACAUAAACAUGCAAUUGCUGGAUGAAGAGUCUAGCCAUAAAGAAGAAAUUGAUGUUGUUCUGCUUGUGCAGUUUGGUAGUUUCAACAAGUAUAAAGGGAAGAUAAUGCUAUCUAAUGCUUUCCAAAUAACCAGGCUGUUUUUCAAUGCUGAUAUCAACGAGAUUCGGUUUGUUGAGAAGAUAUGUAAAACAUCGUCUAAUGGUCAGAAAUCUAUUAGUUCAUCUGGAAACAUCAGUCUUGCGGAUGACUUUUUAUUCAAGCAUCAUUUUUACAAUUUCCUUGAUAUUACGCCGUUGGAUAAGCCAUGUGAGCUCAUAGUUCAUGGUAUGAUCAUGAGUGUGGAUGAUAAAGAUGAUUGGUACUACGUUGGUUGUGAUGAGUGCAAUCGGAAGGUGGAGACAACAUUUGUCAUUGAGGUAGCUGAAGACGGUGCUGAGGAACCAAAGUGA